GAGCUGAUGUUUGCACCCGGCUAGUCGUCCGACUGGUCUGCGUACGCGUGACUAAGCGUUGGGCUAGUUAGCCACAGAAAGCUAACCUAGCUAGCUAGCUAAAGAAGGUAGCUCGAUGGCCAAUUACAAAUCCGGCAACAUAACUUAACUGUGUGUGCGGCAGUGCGGCGAGGUUGACCAGAUACUUGCUGUGGAUUUUGUCUACGCUAUGUACACCUUUAUUGGGACUUUUAUACGAUGUUUAUUCCGUAUCUGAAGUAGCUCGGCUAUAGAUUGCUAACCUAGUUACCUCAGCAGGGCGACCUUUUGAUGAUUUUUUUUUUCUGUCGUGACAAGUGUUACUUGAGGUAGCAGCUUAGGUAGUACCUAACCGGCUAGUUUAGCUAGUACAUCCGCUGUGCUAGCAAUUAAGUUAGUGUGGAGAAUGCAAAAUCAACUGCUGAAUUAAGCGUACAUUUCCGACAGCUUCAGACAGUUGGGUCCGCUAUGAUGAGCCAGCUAGUUUAGUUUAGUCUGGCUGGGUUUGAGGAGGCAUUGCUGCUAAGAUAACUAGCUAGGUUAGUUACCCAGGAAUGCUGGGUCGUUUUAGCUAGUGUUAGCGUAGCUAUCUCUGACCGCAGCGGUGUUUUUCAUGUUUUUGGACUUUGCUAAAUCUGUUUUACAUGUACAGCCGCUUGCCAUUUUAGCGAAUUUUCGUUUGUGUAGUUAGCUAAUAGCCAGCUAAUCUAUGUUAGGAUUCUUGCGUUGGUUAUAAUUAUGUCGCUGAUAACUGUAAACAAACACGCCCACUGAUGUAGCGCUAUCUAACAUGUAUAGACAGAGCUAAAUAUAAAAGCUAACUAAGGUUGGGGAAUAUCAAUGAAGAUGUAGCUGUCAAUUCAGAUUACGUAACAGUAAGACUGUGAUUUGUGCCUAAAUAACGGUCUUCUAAUGAAGUCUCUCACUGACGUGUGGCGUCACCCGGCGAGGGUGCGAUGUGAUUCUGUUCCACAUGAGCUCGACUAUGUGGUACAUCAUGCAGAGUAUUCAGAGUAAAUACUCACUUUCGGAAAGGCUUAUUCGAACGAUCGCGGCCAUCCGCUCAUUUCCACACGACAAUGUGGAGGAUCUUAUACGCAGGGGAGCAGACGUGAACAGGAUGCACGGCACCCUGAAGCCUCUGCACUGUGCCUGCAUGGUGGCUGAUGCGGACUGUGUAGAGCUUUUAUUGGAGAAAGGUGCAGAGGUAAAUUCCUUGGACGGCUACAACCGCACGGCACUGCACUACGCGGCGGAGAAGGACGAGGCCUGUGUGGAACUGCUGCUGGAGUAUGGAGCCCAGCCCAACGCUCUGGACGGCAACAAAGACACGCCCCUGCACUGGGCCGCCUUCAAGGACAACCCGGAGUGUGUGCGUGCCCUGCUGGAGAGUGGCGCCUGCCCCAACGCUCGCGACUACAACAAUGACACCCCACUCAGCUGGGCCGCUAUGAAGGGUAACCUGGAGAGUGUACGCGUGCUGCUGGACUACGGUGCCCAGGUCCACGUCACUAACCUCAAAGGCCAGACGCCCAUAUCACGGCUAGUGGCCCUGCUAGCCCGGGGGCUGGGCACCGAGCAGGAAGAGGAGUGCCUGGAUCUCCUGUGCAGGGCUGCGGGCAAGUUUGACAUCCGCAGGGCUGAUGGUUCCCUGCCACGCGAGCUCAGCAAAGAUCCUCAGCUGCUGGCCCGCCUCACCAGCAUGGUGUCUCAGCCACCGGUGCUGCGAGCUUUGGCCCGCUGCGCUGUGCGCGACAGCCUUGGGGUGCAGUACCUCCCGAGCGCAGUGAAACAGCUCCCGCUCCCAGAGUCUGUCAAAGAGUAUGUGCUCCUCCGAGACUGAAGGCUCGGUAGAUAUCAGAGAAAGAACACACUACCAAGUUUUGAAAGACACAAAGGGAGUGGAGAGUGUGUGUAUUUAUCUAGUCAUAAAAUCAUUCAGAGAGUGUGGCCAAACUAACUAAAUUCUCUCAUGGCAAAGAACAGAAAAAGAAAUAGUGUAUAUACACUCAGAGUUUGGAAUAAUUCUUAAUAUAUUAUAAAGUUGACCUUAACAGUUUUCUUGGCGCUGUCUAUAAAGUUAUUUUCCCCCACCCAUUACAGAAGUCUAGUUAUUGGAGACUAUUGUCUUUGUUUCUUUGGCCAUUGACUGUACUUUCACAUGUUAGUACCACUUGAGUCACACCUGUCAAAAAGUGUGGUGUGUUCAGAAAUUUGUGCAGUGUCCAUGUAAAUGGGUUAUACCUAAGAGCUUGCAUGCCCCCAAAAAAGCCAGAAAUAAAGACUUCAGGGAAGAAUGGCCUAAAAGACAAAUGCAGAGGACAAUUGCAGAUUUUUAAAUCAAAAUUCUAAUUGAAUAAUUGUUUUUAUGUUAAACUUUAAACCUUUGAGAUUGUAAUGCGAGUCUUUUAUUUGGUGCUGAGCAUAAAGGAUUGUGUGAUACUUCUUGGAUUUGAGAACUCAAACUACUUUGACAUUUUCAGUCAGAUUAUUUUUCACAUUAAUUAAAGAGAUUGUGGGUCCUUCAGUUUUUGUUCUGAUGAUGUAAUGAUUAAUCAGUUGUUGAACAGUGCAUGAUCAUUCCACUUUUUGACUGUCUUUGAACAGGAUGUCCCAAGCUGAGGAUUUUAUUGAGCUUGUACCCAGCUUCAUGUUGAAUCUUUAAGAAAACAAAGUGAAUUUUUUUUUUCCACUGUGCUUUAUGCUUAUACAGGGAUAAAAUGAUUUGGAAAUUAGUAAAUGUAAUGCUUAUAUCUGAGGAGAAAGCAUCAUGUGCUGCCUACCAAUAAGUGCAAUUUUUCCUAAAAUACAAGAAGUAAAAACCUUCCUGCAUCAUAUGUGGAAUGUUACCUCUCACUAAAGGUUUACAUGUGGCAUAAACGCUGUUUGCAUAUGGCUCCAGUUCAGCUCUGGGCCAAUAGGUGGCGCUAGUCCAAAAUAUUCCACAACGUGAAAGUGUGGCCUGUCAGCACAUCAAGGAUUUUUAUCUGUAUUGAGUCAACCAUAAAAGAUUAACUGCCCUAUUUAUGUCGUGACCUAGGAGACCAUCCUUCAUGAAGAGGGCUGCUAUUUCAACACUCAAUGUUAAAUUAAACAUUCAUGCUUGGUCUUUCA